AGUAAUUAACACUAAUAAGAUCAUUAAAAGAUUCAUUAAUACUUAAUCAGAUGGCGAGCAUGAGUUUAACGGCAAGUUUGACGAAACUGCAACUGUGCAGAGGCACCAUGACGGUAGUUGGCACCACCAGACGGCCAUCAUUCCUUUCUGUUACUCCCAGUAAACGUUACGGAAGCAGACCCGGAGCUUACGAUGAAGCCAAGUCUGCCGCCGCAAAAGGAGCCGACGCCGCCAAACAAGGCGCCGAUGCCACCAGCAAAGCCGCCCAGCAAAUCAAACACAACGCUUCCUCCGCCGCGGAUGAUGGUGUGAAGAAAGCAAAAGCCAUGGGAGAGAAGGUGUCGGAGGCUGCGAAUGAUUUAGCAGGAAAGGCAAAACAAACGGCACAAGACGCUUGGGAUGCGGUGAAAGACACAACCCAUAAGAUCAAAGACAAUGUGGUCAAUAAGGCCGAUGAGUCUAAGGACACCAUUCGCAAGAACAUCGACACUCAUACUCCCUAAUUAAAAGCUGCUCACAAAUUUAAUUCAGACAUUUCCAAAAAUAAAUUGUUAACCUUUCUAGUUGAUCUCUAAUAAGCGGAGCUUAGCUUCUCAAGUGUCUGUACUUAAUACAUAGCUUGUUCUUCUAAAUUAGUUCAGUGAUGGCUGGUUUACUUCAAAUAGACUAUAUUUAUAAUAUCAUGCUUAUUUCUAUUAUUUUCUACUUCUCUA